AUGGAAGUCGCUUCUUAUGAAGAUCCAAUCUUAAAACUUGCUAGGGACCCGGAUUUAAACAAGGAAAAGGACAAAACCUGCCAAUUAAUACAUAUCAUUAACAAUUUCCCUCUCACAGAGAGAAGAAUAUCCAAGCUAUGUCAACUUUCGUUAACCAUUUUGCAGAGCUUGGAGAAAAUCGAACUCAACCUGAAGAAUUGGCAAUUCUUGUCAUUAGACAUAAACUCAGAGACCCAUUUUAACGAAGACUACGAGGAGAAUAGCGUGCUUCGUAAGUUUAACAAUAACAUAGCCCUGAAGGUAUUGCUCCUGUGUCAGGACUUCCAGAAGAAGUUGCAUAGAAUCUCACAAGAUCUUGAUUUCAUUACGAGGUCUCUGAGGACGCUAUCACCUCUAGAGUUUUUACUGGAUAGUGGGACGCUAUUAACACAAUUGACCUUGCGUAACAUCAAGUUAAAGGAUGAAUUAACUGAUAAAAUCACCGUAGCAUACCUGAGAGCUAAGUUGAUAAAUAUAGGGACAGAUUUGGAAGAGAUGUUGAGCCAGAGUGAAGAUGGAGACUCUGAAACAGAUCAAACCGUAGCUACUUAUAAAAGUUUUGUAGUGAGUCUUCUCAAACAGUUGAAUAAUUCCAUCGAACAAGAGGACUUGCAAGACAAAUACGAAUGCUUAGCGGUCAUCAGCGAUAUGGAAAAGAUGUUUGAAGCAUUUAAACUCGAAAAGCUUCAAGAAGCUGCCGAACUAGCUGCUGACAGAGAAAGAGAGAGAAUGAUGAAUGAGAUGGAUGCCAAAUUAGCAGCUUUACCUGAUCCAGAUGAAGAAUUUGUGUACGUGGGUUCGCCAGAGGCGACCACUUCUCCAGCUAAUUAUGCCAGUCACAAGAGCAAUGCAGGAUCUGGAGUUUCUGCUGUAUCUGACGAUGGGUACGACUCUGACAUGGGUACCAGUUCUACAAUGUUCUCCUCUAUGUAUUCUUCUCACCAUCAACCACCUCAAAUUCAUUCUAUUACUAGAACGAACCACAACUCAUCAAACACAAAUGCUUCAUUGCAUGGCCGCAGAGACUCUGUCGCAUCUUUAUCAACAUCCACGAUUCUUCACAAAACUACCAUCGCAGAAGAAAUGCCAUAUUUGAUGUCAGCUUUCGAUCUGGCCAGGAAUUUCGAAGAAGAUAUAAGCCACUACAAGCCAGAGAAAGAUGAAAAGGAAAAGAGUGAAUCUAAUACUGAUAUUAGCAGCAGUAGUAGAAGUAGCAGUGCUAAUUCUAUGUCACAAAGUUCUCCUGAUAUAAGUUCCACGUCUCCAGAUAGUUCCACAUCAAAUUUAUCUGCAUCCAUUCAAAUUCCCAGCGGAGGUCAUUUUUCCAGCAUAUCGAACAAGUUAUCGGCAAAGAAUUCACUUUAUGCAGAGAGUACGAUACUCAAAAACUUACCACUGCCAUCGUCAUAUCUUUACUCUAACAGUUCCCUCUUGUCCAAGCUUGGUAUCAAGCCACAAGUUGUCACUGCGGACUUACCUUCGAGGGGUCUCAGUUCCAGAGCGGUGCAACCUGUUUCAGCUAUGGGUUCGAAUACUAGUGCAAAUAUAGGAUUCAUGUCUCACAGCUAUCAUCCAGCACUUCCAGGUAAGGAAAAUGGGGAAGAAGAACAGGAUAAGAAGGAUAGAGCUCAAAAAUUGAUGACAAGCUCUAUGCCGAGUUUGCCAAUUGAGCCAAGCCCAUUGACAUUGGCAAACUUGGCAUCUUUGACGCAACACGGCGAGGUUGAGUAA